AUGGACUGCCAAACUGGAGCCCGGGCGGCCGAAUCAGAUGGCCGUGCUCAGUUAUUUGAGAGGCUGGCUGCUCGCGACGCAGCUCGAAAGGCGGAACUCCUGCAAAAGCGUCGGGAACGUCAACGGCAAAAU